UCCUACCUGCGUGCACAUGUUCCCAGCCGCGCCAAGGGCUCAGGUAACACGCUUCACAACUCACACCCACCUCUUUGGUUAACCCCCGAAUCCAUCACCCUUAUGUGAGUGACAGCAAGCAACUCUCUGGCCCUGCCCAGCUUGCCUAGCCGUCCCCCCUUUUGCUUUCCCAAUCAGGAGGAAAGAACAGGAGUCUGGGAGGGAUUUCCUGCAGAGAGAAAGAGUGAUGGGGGGUGUUAGAGAGAAAAGGAGAAGGUAGUGGCGGCGGUUACUUUACAGAAGAGUUCCCAGGCGCUCUCUGAAACUGACUACACUUGUCAAUUUCAACUGGGGUCGACAGAAACCGAAGAAUGCGAGAGCUGGCAAGAGCGGAGGGGGGACGGCGGGGUGGCAAGCUUUCCUCAGCUUGAGUUCUCAGGUUCCGUAGACUUUGUGCGCGCACACACAGGCACACACACACACACACACACACCUCUGUCUACUCCUCCUCCGGCACCAUCAAGCCCUCUGAGCCCGGGACUGUGAAGAGAUCAAAAGCAUUUUUGUGUCUGUGUGUCUUGGAAGUGAAGAGGUCAGCGCUCGGCUUUUAUUUCGCCAGCUUUGCUCGGUAGAAGUAGCAGGGGACGAGGAAAAGCGACACAGUUAGCCGACCAGUGACAGAACUCGGCUUUGGGUUUGCAACUUUGUACGCUGGAAACGCAAGGAUCUCCCUGAUGAAGGUAUCAGAACAACUGUUCAUGUGUUUGCUGCAAAGAACCUGGAUCUGCAGACCUGAAGACCCAAAGGAUACCUCCUACAUGUGAUGGGCCUAAUGUUCAUGUAGGAAGAACUGCCGAUGUGUUGGGACACCCCAAUUUAGCAAGAAAAGCUAAAUAUAAUCCCCUGUGUUGCGGACCUUUUAACAGACUGUUGGUUUCUUAUUUCUGACUUUUCCAAACAACUGGGAUUCAAUGCCUAAGCAUUGAAUUAUCUUCCAUUUAAUUGACUGCAUAUUCUUUAACAAGGCUUCAUCUUCUCUCCAUUCCCUUUUUAAGGAGUGUAACUCCCAAUAGCAUUUAUCAUCAUUAACAGAGACUUUUUAUGUACUGUGGGAUUUCUGAAUAUAUUUCAUUUGUUGGGCGGCCCCCCCUUCUUUGGAGUUUAUUUUGACUAAUCGUCGCACGCUCGCACACAGAGUGCCCUGAUGGCUUUAUAAAUCAGAGGAGCAGCUGCGCUUAUUCAUGAUGGGGCGAGAACAGGAACUGAUCCAGGCUGUGAAAAAUGGGGAUGUACCUGGUGUGCAGAAAUUGGUGGCUAAGGUGAAGGCAUCCAAAAGUAAACUCUUGGGAUCGACUAAACGGCUGAAUGUGAAUUACCAGGAUGUGGAUGGGUUUUCAGCACUACACCAUGCAGCCUUGGUUGGGAGCCUGGAGCUUAUCUCCCUGCUGCUGGAGGCACAGGCUACUGUCAACAUUAAGGACAUCAAUGGAAUGCGCCCACUACACUAUGCUGCCUGGCAAGGGAAGGUGGAGCCAGUGCGGUUGCUGCUCCGAGCAGCUGCUUCAGUCAAUAUGGCAUCAUUGGAUGGGCAGAUCCCACUGCACCUGUCAGCCCAAUAUGGCCACUAUGAGGUGUCAGAGAUGCUGCUCCAGCACCAAUCCAACCCAUGCCUUGUCAACAAAGCUAAGAAAACCCCCCUGGAUCUGGCCUGUGAGUUUGGAAGGCUAAAGGUGGCCCAGCUGCUUCUGAACAGCCACAUGUGUGUGGCUCUGCUGGAGGGACAGUCCAAAGACACAAGUGACCCCAACUACACCACUCCUCUACAUUUGGCAGCCAAGAAUGGGCAUAAAGAGAUCAUCAGGCAACUUUUGAAAGCUGGAAUUGAGAUCAACAAACAGACAAAGACGGGGACCGCCUUGCAUGAGGCAGCGCUGUAUGGGAAGACUGAGGUGGUGCGCCUGCUGCUGCAAGUGAGACCAAAAGGUGGCAUCGAUGUCAACAUCCGUAACACCUACAACCAAACAGCCUUGGACAUUGUGAACCAGUUCACCACUUCACAUGCCAGCAAGGACAUCAAGCAACUGCUGCGAGAGGCAUCAGGAAUCCUGAAGGUCCGAGCUUUAAAGGAUUUUUGGAACCUCCACGACCCAACUGCUCUCAAUAUCCGUGCUGGAGAUACCAUCACAGUCCUGGAGCAGCAUGCAGAUGGACGCUGGAAGGGCCAUAUCCAUGACGCUCAGAAGGGCACUGACCGAGUUGGUUACUUCCCUCCAUCCAUUGUAGAAGUCAUCAGCAAGCGGACAGGCCUGACUCUUCCCCGCAUGGUGCCCUUACACCAGUGCCAGAGCCUUGCCAAGGGCCAGCAGGUUGCCACUGCUACCCUUCACAGUGGGCUGCAGCCAAAUACAGACGCCUCUCCACCCGUUUCGCCGCAGGCACCCCUCAGCCUACCUACAGCCUGUGCCCACCUCACCCUGACCAGGACAGCCCCAGCUCCUGAAAGCCCAGCAGGCGAUAGAAACAGCAUAGGCAGCGAGAGCAGUAUUGGCAGCAUCCGGAGCGCUGGCAGCGGUCAGAGUGCUGAGGGCACCAACGGGCAAACCACUGGAAUCGUCAUUGAGAAUGCGAAGCCGCUUUUGCUGAGUGGUGAGGAUCUGCAGCAUUCUCACAAUGGCCAGACAAAUUCCAUGAUAGGGACACUGGCACACCAGAACCUCUCCAACUGUAACACCAGUGACAGGAUCUUCUCCCACCAAUAUCUACGACCAGAGCAGCUUCUGGAAGGGAAGGAUGCUGAAGCCAUUUACAACUGGCUGAGUGAAUUCCAGUUGGAGUGCUACACGGCCAACUUCCUGAAUGCAGGCUAUGAUGUGCCAACAAUCAGUCGCAUGACUCCGGAGGAUCUUACAGCCAUUGGGGUGACCAAGCCAGGCUACAGGAAGAAAAUUUCCACUGAGAUUGGGCAGCUCAGCAUUGCCGAAUGGCUCCCAAAUUACAUCCCUGAUGACUUAAUGGAGUGGCUCAGUGCCCUUGGACUGCCCCAGUACCACAAGAAGCUGGUGAACAACGGCUACGACUCCAUUGGCAUUGUGACAGAUCUGACUUGGGAGGACUUGCAGGAGAUUGGCAUCAACAAACUUGGCCACCAAAAGAAGAUCAUGCUGGCUGUCAAGAAGCUGACUGACCUUCGCAAGAGCCUGAGCCAAGCUGACACCAGCACUCUCAGGCGCAAGAUCCCUGGCGCCUUGGACAUUGUCACCAUUGAGUCUGUUGAGAAUGGGGAGUGCCACUCUCCCCACACCCCCAAGAUGACCACUUUCCAGGACAGCGAGCUGAGCUAUGAGCUCCAGACAGCCAUGUCCAAUAGCUGCCAGGAGACUCUGACCAUCAAGAGCACUCAGGGCAUGUCACGAAGCCAAGAGAGCAUUGGUGUGCGAUCCAGGGGGUCAGGGCACUCCCAGGAGAAUAUGCUGUCCCAAAGCACCACCUCAAGCCGUUCUCAGGAGAGCUUAGGAAGUGGUGAAAGCAGCAGCAGCAGCAGCGGUGGACACUCUUCUACCCAGCCUUGCCUUGUGGAAAACCCCGCCAACCCCCAGCUUCGGCCCAACCCAGAGAGCUAUGGGAAAUUUAUUCCGCAGAUCAGCAGCCCAGAUGGAAUCAAUGGCUAUUCCAAUGGUUGCACAGUAAGCCCUUUGAGGGAGAGAAAUUUGCCCGAGGGGAUGGAUCAGUACCAGAGACCAAGUGCUCUGAAAGGGGAUUUCCUCCCCCACACGGCUGCAUCCGAGCCAUCAAACCCACUACCAGCCACAUCACCUUGCACAUCGCCCCACAUCGCCAGCAAGGGGACAGCCCCGUAUGUCUUCAUGUACCCCCAUGUGUCAUUGAAGUCCCAGCCACUGCCUUCAUCUUCUGUGCCUGAGCAGGACAAGGGCCCUGCUCACUUCUCUGCCCAGAGGACCCUCCUGCAGUCGACAGCCCAGAAAGCUUUCUCCUAUCUCCACUCACACUGUGGCCCUGUGGAGCCAUCUCAUGCACCCCCAAAGCCUGGAGCCGAGCAGCAAAGUGCUGAGGGCCUUAAGCACAAGAAGCGCUCACACAGCUUGAACCGCUACGCAUUGUCUGAUGGAGAGACCGAGGAGGAGGAGCCACCCACCAGCUCGGUGGGCUCUUACGCUACCCUGACCAGACGGCCUGGGCGGAGCCAGGUGCCACGGACACAGCCACCAUCAGAUGCAAAAGUCUUGCGCAGUCAAUCCUUUGCUAUCCGUGCCAGGAAGAAAGGCCCUCCACCCCCUCCUCCCAAACGCCUCAGCUCUGUCUCCAACACACAGGCUGUUCACGCAGAGUAUGACCAGGGCCCAGAACCACAGAAAGGGUCCUUGCCGUCCCAGGACAGAGGAGAUAGCCCUCGUGGCAGGGGUUGUCCUUUGAAAAAUGUAGCAGCCACGCUUGAGGGGCCUGUUGCUGAUGGGAGCCCAGCCAAGCCUCUAAUGUCCGCAAAGCCCACAGGUCCUGGUCAGGAGGUGACCAGCAAGACAGGUCUACUCACUUCAGCUCAAGGAGACCCCAGCAGCACUGAAGCCAUAAGUGGCAGAAGCCAGGCCUUUGAAAGCAACGCACCCAGGAGAAGAACAUUUAGUGAACCCACAGUCACCAUGACAGAGGCUUUGCGGAGCAGCCAUGAGGACAUCCGAUCAGACACGGAGGAAGAGGCCCAGACAGGGAGAGAUGACUGUGCCAAGUCCCCCUCUUCUUCCCAAAACAGCUCCAGUGAGUGCAUUCCCUUUGCAGAAGAAGGCAACCUGACCAUCAAACAGCGGCCAAAGCCCGUCGGGCAACUCAAAGCUGAUGUCCCCACACCAGUCUCCGAUCCUGUCCAAGCUCAGUCUGAUGGAGAAGAGCAACAUGGGGUCCCAGCCAAAGAGACCCCAGUGUUGGAAUUCAAUCUCACGGAGUCCGACACAGUCAAGAGGCGGCCCCGGUGCAAGGAGAGGGAGCCCCUACAGAAUGUGUUGAAAGCAUUUGGAGUGGCUGCUGCAGCCCCAGCCACCACAGCCCUGGCUCUGCAGUACGCCCAGGCUCAGACAGUCAGCAUCAGUGGACCGUCACUGCACCCCACAGAGCCACAGCCUGCCGGAGACACUUUUGAGGACGACAGCAUGGAAUUCCAGAUGGCAGAGAUAGAGAAAAGCAUCCUGUCUCUUGAAAGGGGGAUCAAGAAGCCCCCCGUGUCUCUGAAACCCACCAGCCCAAUGCCGAUGCAGAUGGAGAGGCAUGGAGGAUCGGUCCAGCUGAGGACACCAGCCACGGUGAUUGAUGCCCCAGCCAAGCACACAUCCAUCGCCUCUACGAAGCUGGUAUUUUCAGGGCCAAAAACCAUCUACCAACAAGUCCAGCAGGACUCACGUAGCACAGUCGUUCCCUGGGCAACCGCAGAGACGGUUUCGGAAGUAACAGGUCCUUACCCUGUGAAACUGGGGCUGGGCAGCAAACCUGCCUUGAAUAUUGGGGUGCCCCUAUCAGUGAGGCCUUUGUCUGCGUCUCCAGACAUGACCCAGGCUCAGCAGAGACUGGAACAAACCAACUCAUCUUUGGUAUCCACACUUCAAGCUGCAGAAAAGAAAAUCAACACAGAGGAGACUGACAGCAGUUAUGAGAGAGCACACUCCACCAAGAACAUCCUUGAAGACAUCAGCAACAUGUUUGAUGACCUUGCAGAACAGUUGGAUGCCAUGUUGGACUGAGGAUGGGCUUCCUUCUGUGAUGAGACGGUGCUGCAGGUUCAUCUUUCUGCCAUGCCAUUUAUGAGAAGAUAGCUCAGGAAGAAGUCCCACAACUACUUAUGUACCAGCCUCCCCUUCCAGGCCCUUUACCAUCUCGCCCACCUCACAGUCUGUCUCCAAUUUGAGACAGAUUUCUCUGAGUGUUCAUUUCCAGCCACACUCCGGGGCCAUUCCUCUGAGAGAUGUGAACCAAGUGCAUGAACCCACAUUGACUUGGUUUUUCCAUCAGGGCAACAGAAGCUUGGCAGGCCUCUAUUAACACUGAGCACCCACUACAACAUUAAGGCUAAAGAAGUUCUAAUUGAAGACCUACCACUUUGGCAGCAGUUUAAUGCUGGAGGCUACUGAGAGCCUCCCCUGAGCCCUGGCCUCCCUCCCACGCACAUCUAGGCUUCUCUUAAAGAGCAGCCCGAGUCUUGUCAUUUCAAAUGAUGCCAACUAUGUGUCAGCUUCCCUAGGGCGGUGACAGCAGCAAAGUGGCUAAGCGCUCAAUGAGGGCCAGCUGCCCCAAGGAAACAGGAUUGGUAGCCUGGUAGCUAACAGAGCAAGGGAAAGCCUUGCUGCUUUUCCUAACAUGUCAGCAGAGGAAGCACCGUGUAAUCUGGGUGGAUUUAAAUCCCUCACAAUGCCCCUUCUUCGCCUCUCCCUCCAAAAGCAGUUGGCACAGGCCAUAGCUCCCAGAUGAGCAAAAUAAGCUCAACAACAACAGGUUUUUCAGGGGAACUGAAAACUACUUGACCUUCUUUCCCAAAUACAUUACCUCAUGUGAUGAAUGAGAUGGUGGAGAGGAGAGAAAGUUGUCUUCCAUUUUUUUCCUUUCAAUAGGAUCUGGGAGGAAAAAUGCUGAUGGGUAGAUAACAAUGUAUAUCACCCUCUGCUGGCAAGUUUUAUAAAGGGGUGAUGAAUAUGCCAAUUUGCUCUUCAUAGUAGCAAUAUGAAAAGUGACUUUUCCUAGCUGCAAAUAUUCUUUCCUGCCCAUUUUCCAGCAAGGAAUAAAACACACUCAGCAGCAGAUAGGCCCAGUGCAGUUUUAUAAAAAAUUGAACCUAACAGCAUUUGGGCUACAGACAAAACUGCCUUCCAAGUCCACUCCUGAUAAUUUUUCCUGUCCAAAGUGAGCCCAUAACCUCACCAUCUCCUUGAAACUGAGCACAGCAGACAAAGGCCCAGCUGCAACCCUGUGACAUGCCACUUCCUUCCUGGGAGCUGUCCUGCUUUGAAGCGCAGGAUCUUGUGUGGCUGUAGCAUCUAUGUGAAUAUUGCCCACAAUGGUCCCAACCUGUCAGCCUACAGAAACGUGACCAAGGAAAAGAAGAGAAAAUAAAAUUGUAACAAUUAAUGCUUACAGGCUGCCGACAGAUUAUAGCACACCAAGGACUUAUAUGGCUAAGGAGCACAGCUAAGCAGUAGAGCACAUGCUUUGCAUGCAGCAAGAUCCAUUCCUCAGCAUCUUCAGGUAAGGAUGGCAAAUACUCCUGCCUGAAACCUUGGAGAGCCACUGCCAGGCAGCACAGACAAUACUGAGCUAGAUGGAUCAGCGGUUGACUCUGGAUAAGGCAGCUUCCUAUGAGGUUUUAUUUAUUUUUUUAAAGUUAAGUCUAAAACGAUGACAGUGUAUAGCCCAGACUUCUGCCAGAUUUACCUGCACUGGAGGCAGAUUUGGCAACUCAGCUAUGUUUCAAGAUUAAGGCAAGAGAUCCUCCAGUCAUCACAGGGAAGGUCUCUACAGGAGGUUCUACUGUGCUUUAAUUUCUUAGCGAAGCAUGAAGUGGCAAGAAUCGAGUCACUGCAAGGAGGUGAAAUCCAAAUGGGGACAAGAAAAUGCAACAGGCUGGCAAUAUUUUGGCUCUACAAUGGAGCUUAUUAAUGUCUUGGUUAUAUAGUUUCUCUUUAUUUUUUGACUCUCUUUUUAUCCAUAGUGUCAAGUGAGUUAGUCAUCCUCUAUUUGAUGACUAGUACUAAUAUAUAUAUAUGUAUUUUUAAAAAUAGCUGCAACCAGUGGCACUUUAUAAAAAGGUUCUUUAAAUCUUUUUAAAAAGAGGUUUUGGAUUUCACACUAGCUGACUUGGGAUGAGUCCAUUUUUUCCACUGUUGAUAAAACUGUAAUUUUUUUAAAAAAAGAAGUGUAUAUAUUUUGAAAAUAUGGAUUUGUUAUAUAUUUACUAACCAGAUUUCUGUUGUAUUUUAAGGUCUGGGGGAAUGGAACCACAUUACUGUCUGAGCCACUAGGGGGCAGUAAAAUACUGUUUUUUUUACCACUAAUGAGAGAAUCCAGCAUGUUUGUCUUUCCAUUUUUUUUGUCUUUCAGAGAAUUGCUUAUUUUUUAAGAACUAGUUCUUUAUUUUAAAGAUAUUGUAUGCUGUGUAAAUUAUGUAUGGAUGCGAUUGUGUCUAACCAACCUUGGCUAUACCUACUACAUGUAGCAGGAAAUGGCCUAGGGAAAUUAGUCCAGGCAAAACACCACCAGGCAUUUUUUAAAUCAUCUGGCCUGUUUGUGUUAAUCAUGAAUUCUUGUUCUCCACUAAUAUCAACUGCAACUUUAUGGCAUUAAACAUUGGGAAUUGUUUUCCCUUUUGCUGGCUGUA